AUGCCUGUUAAGGUUUAUGCGGAGCCACGGGGCUUCAAAGCUGUAAAUCAACGCCAAGUCAGCUCCCUCACCGUCUCUAAUAAGUCGGUGUGGUUUGGUCUGCAGGAUGGUCGGAUUCUGCGCUACACCUGCCCAUCAAGUUCAACUCAGGAUUCCAGAUCAACCCAUACGUCGGCUGAAUGUGUGACUUUGCGCCCCAAGGCACAAGGGGCUGCUUCUGAGGUGCAACGACUGUUCGUAGACACGAAAUCCUUCCACUGUAUCGCAUGCCUCGCAUCCGGACACCACUGGUACUCCAACUUUCAAAGCCCUGACCUGGUAUCGCUAACAAGUUUAAACGGGUGCUUCGUGCGCUCUGCUUGUUUCACGGAGGCGACAAGUGAGGACUUCACUGGAUCGUUCCUACUAGGCACCCAGCGCGGCAGCCUGCUUGAGGGGCGCAUUAACUACCGCCAAGCGAGCUUUGCCUUUCGCACGCAGUAUAAGUUACCGGAUGGGGAGCCAGUACUCGACAUAGGCAUUAUUCCCGUGGUGUAUCGCGGCGGACGCUGUCAUGUGUUGGUGGCUUCGUCCACACGUUGCCUCUACGAGUUCUUUGGAGGCACGUCGUUCGAUGACACCUUUUCGAAGUACUCGAAGACGGGUGCCAAUGCGUUGCGAUACGAGGUGCCGCUGGCUGGACCAAUCGGGGAUAUCAUCGUCUCCGAGCGUAGUGACGGGAGCCACGACUUAUUCUGGGCGAAUGCUACGGGGAUAGUAUUCGUGAACGUCCCGUAUCGUGUGGCAGACGACGCUUCAAGUUGUUUGAAGUUCCCGCCCAGCGUGAUAACCUAUAUUAUGACGCCACAACAUCCUCUUUCAUCACUGCAAGAGACCAAGUUGCGACAUGUGAGGACCUUCUUGCGCCGCCCCGCCAUCCAGGUGCCUAGAAGCGUUGUGGUGGUCCGUGAUUCGCUGCUCCUUCUAUACGACGACACCAUAGGCGUGGUGAACACCAUAGUCGGUAAACAAGUUGGCACGCUGCCAUUACCUCACGGCGCAUUUGGCAAGGUGCACUGGCUGUUGCGCGACCGUUUGACGGGUGAAGUGUGGCUCCAUGCCACCGAAGGCAUGUUCGAGGUCAGUGUCAGCGCGGAGUCCGAAGAUGCGUGGAAGCACUAUUUGUUCAAGGGUGACAUCGCCAACGCCCUUUCCAGCUGUAAGACCUCAGGGCAACGCGACAACGUACUACUUAAAAGCGCUUAUGACUUGUACGAACGUGGGAAAUACCUUGAGUCGGCGCGUAUGUAUGGACAGGUGGAGGCUAGCUACCCUAACUUUGAGAACAUUUGUCUCAACUUUCUAAAAAAGCACCAGGAGGAAGCGGUUGUGGAGUACAUCACCAUGAAACUGCAGCAGCGCAAUUGGUACCGGUACAAUCCGCGUUUCAUCAUCCUCACAGUAUGGAUUAUCGAAAUGCUCGGGUACCGUUACCGGGACGUCUUCCUCACCCUGCAGGCGAGCCGCGGCGUGUCGGGCAUUGACACUGGUGCCCUGGCAACUCGGUGUGAGGAGUACCGGCGAAAGCUGUUUUCCACCAUAGGGUCGCUGGCGCACAUUGAUGAGCUGGCACCCUCGAUCAACUUUCUGCUGCAGACCGUUAUGGGCUGCGGGGACGAGUGUGUGGAUUUCGCCCGUAUCCGCCGCGAUUCGUCAAACGUGGUCUACUACAUGAUUAACAGUGGCAACGUUGAAGGGGCAUUGAGGGAGCUCAUUAAGAUGCCUCCCAGCGAUAAGCGAGACGCUUUGGUGCUGAGGUUUGCCCCGCUGAUGUUCAUGGACGCCCCAGCGUUGUUUGAGCAGGCCUCGUUCAGCAAGCUGGACCCGGUGAUACUGCUCCCCAUUGCCCUUUUGCCGCUGAUGAUGCGAAAUGAGCGUUACCUGCGCCACUCCUUGGGCAUGGUGGAACGGCUGCUUUUUUCCAACGAAACUGCGCACGAGGAGUCGAAGCGUUCGCUGCUGUGGUGCUGCUACAUCCUUCUUUUAGCUAACUUGGAGACUGAGGAGCCCUUGUUGGAAGUACUCAACAAGAAUCUGGUAGAUUUCCGCCACAUUGACCUCGCUAUAGCACUUCGCUAUCUAAAGGUCAAAUCGUCAACGGACAGCCGGUGGUCUGUGCCCUUUAUUGUCUUGCAAAGUUUAUGCGGCAUGAACGAGGAUGCGCUGGAAAUGGCGCUUUCCCAGAACAAUAUGGAAUUGGCGAAACAGUGCGCAAUGAGGCCGUCAGACGAAUUUACCCGUUGCCGUCUCUGGCGCUACAUUCUGCUCCAGUCUUCCCGCAAUGGCGAGGCAUCUUUGGGCUCCAUCAUUGACACGUCAAACGGACUGCUACAAGUGCACGACCUUUUGCACCUGCUCCCAGAAGACACGAAAUUGGGCGACCUGAGCAGCAUCAUCUCGAGGUCUGUGGCCGAGUAUGAAUCCGACCUGGAGGAGCGUCGCCAGGAGGUUGACCACCUCUGCGCAUGCAUCGCCGAGACCAAGUCGGAAAUUGAGAUGGCUUCUCGCCGCUGCGUUAGCCUGCCCGUGGACAGAAACUGCAUGUCAUGCUCUCACCCACUGCAUACAGGUCAUUUCAUCGUAUUUCCCUGCGCGCACGCAUUUCAUCGUUCCUGCGUGGCUACAACGCUUCGCAGUUUGCUGAGCGGAGCUGAUCUGUUAGAGCUAAAACGCCUGCACAGGGAAUUCGAAAGGCGAGUGGAUGAGCGUAGCGUAUCGGCAUACAACGAGUACCUGUCGAGGGCAUGUGUGAUUUGCGGCUACCCCGCUGCACUCUUGGCCUCGAAGCCUUUCAUUGCCAGCGUGAACGCGGUCCAGGAAGAUUUGUGGGCAAUAAAUUAG